AUGUGUGUAGUUGAGGUACUAGACAGUCUGAACCAGUUGAAGGUGAAGGGCUUGGUUCUGGGGCCUCUUCACACUGUCCAGCAGGACCAAGUAGACACUCUAGACCUGGUCUCUAUGGACCCCGGGGUAGGAACUGACCAGGACCUGCUGGUUCUGCUGGACAAGGCCCACAAGAAGGGUAUCUCUGUGGUGUUGAAUCUGACCCCUAACCCUGGAGCUGACCCCUGGUUCAGCCCUGACAACUUGCCUAAAGUACUGGACAAACUCAGGGAAGCUGCUGAACACUGGCUGGGGAUGGGCGUGGACGGGGUGCAGGUGUCCGGCCUCGCUGCUGCCAGCGCCUCUUCUGAUUGGUCCAAGUUCCAGGGUGUCGUCCAGGGCAACAGGACAGAGGUGGACGUGAAGAAGAGAGCUGUAAUAGGAGUGGUUGAUGGUCAGGACUCCUCUGCCGUCUCUCAACUUCUCAACUCUUCUGGUGUGGAUCUGAUACUGUCUGAUGUCCUUAACAAGGAAAACUCCGGUAUCGAGAGAGCGAAGUCCAUCCACGGCCUGGUCUCGACCCAGAAACAGAGCUCUUUAGCCUGGGGUCUAGGAGGCAGUUUGGGGAACCAUCUGGCUUCAGUGGUGGAGAAACCAGAACUGGUACGACUUUACCAACUGCUGCUUUUCACACUGCCUGGAACACCUGUCUUCAACUACGGAGAUGAGUUGGGCCUCGUGGACCAGGGCUCCACCUCUCCUAAGAUGCUGUGGGACACUGAGGAAGAGGAGGUUGCUGAAGGAGCUGUGAAGAACGAUACAGCGGAGGCCCAGAAGACUCAUCGUCUGACAUGUCGUUCGUGGUUUAAGACCCUCUCUGAUCUGAGGGGUAAAGAACGUUCCCUCCUUCAUGGGGACUACUUCCACCUCCACUCCUCCUCCUCAUCCCUUGCUUUCCUGCGUCUGUGGGACCAGAGCGAGCGAUACCUGACAGCCGUUAACUGGGGCUCCGCCUCCUUAACCAUGGUCCUCAACAACACAGAGCUGAGCCUCCCGGAGCAGGCUCAAGUGAAGCUGAGUACAGACCUUGAGAACCUGGCUGCGGACAGCUCUGUCUCGCUGGAUAAACUGCUGCUGGGACCAGGACAGGCUGUCCUAUUGACCUUCCCCUUCGCUUAGGAGGGACUAGAACAGAGACCAGGACUAGAGCAGAGACCAGGACUAGAGCAGAGACCAGGACUAGAGCAGAGACCAGGACUAGAGCAGAGACCAGGACUAGAGCAGAGACCAGGACUAGAGCAGAGACCAGGACUAGAGCAGAGACCAGGACUAGAGCAGAGACCAGGACUAGAGCAGAGACCAGGACUAGAGCAGAGACCGGGACUAGAGCAGAGACCGGGACUAGAGCAGAGACCGGGGCUAGAGCAGAGACCGGGGCUAGAGCAGAGACCGGGACUAGAGCAGAGACCGGGACUAGAGCAGAGACCGGGACUAGAGCAGAGACCGGGACUAGAGCAGAGACCGGGACUAGAGCAGAGACCGGGACUAGAGCAGAGACCGGGACUAGAGCAGAGACCGGGACUAGAGCAGAGACCGGGACUAGAGCAGAGACCGGGACUAGAGCGGGACUAGAGCGGGACUAGAGCGGGACUAGACCGGGACUAGACCGGGACUAGACCGGGACUAGACCGGGACUAGACCGGGACUAGACCGGGACUAGACCGGGACUAGACCGGGACUAGAGCAGAGACCGGGACUAGAGCAGAGACCGGGACUAGAGCAGAGACCGGGACUAGAGCGGGACUAGACCGGGACUAGAGCAGAGACCGGGACUAGAGCAGAGACCGGGACUAGAGCAGAGACCAGGACUAGAGCAGAGACCAGGACUAGAACAGGCCAGAAUAAGAAACUACUAAACAUAACUUUUACACCAUGAACAAAGGGAGAAUGUUUUAGAUGACAGAAAACAAGCAGAAGGAAUAUAUAGUAUGAACAGCGGUUUUAGCCAGAGCUUAAAAAUAUAAACGGUUAGGCCAGAAUGACUAUUUCCACCUGUUAAAACAUUCCAGUUCAGAUUUGAUCAAAUGUUUUUGUUGGCCGUUGUUUUGAAAACAUUUAAAAGGGAACUUUUUAGUUCCGUUUAAAAAAAAUGUGUUUUAUGACAUCUGGAGUUGAACUGUUGAAGUAGGAAAAUAUCAGUUUGAAUUUUAUUUUUUUAUUUUUUUUCUUCAAUCUGUUUUAUUCCAUCCAGUGGAACAGAAUUGUCAUUCAAAUGCUAGUAUUGGUAUUGUAUUGGUAUUGUAUUGGUAUAGUAUUGGUAUAGUAUUGGUAUUGUAUUGGUAUUGUAUUGGUAUUGUAUUGGAGAAGAUUGCUAGCUCCCUAUUGCGAGAUAUUGUUCUGACUAAAACUUGAAAGGAGUAAAUUAAAAGUCCUGCGUUA